GGUGUCGAGCAAUAGUAUUUGUGAUAGGCUAGAGGGUGUGCAGACGAGCGUCCUUUGUCUCAGAGAGAUCUGCGAGUUCGCGCAAUUUCCAAAGGCUUGCCACCCUAGCCUGACUAUUAUUGGUUCAGAGCGUAGUUAGGACCUGCCGACCUGUGUGUAGCUUUACGCGAGGGUUCUGAACAAACUUCUGCAUUGUCGGGUGCUUACCCCUGAGAAGGCGCCGCGCCUGCAUACUUGACUUGCAUCAUACAAGGAGCUAAUACAAUGGCGAAGCGCGUCCCGAUCGUCUGCCACGGACACUCGCGGCCGAUUGUGUCCAUCGACUGGAGCCAGAACACGCCUGAAGGUUACUUUCUGGCGUCGGCAUCCAAAGAUGGCAAGCCUAUGCUGCGCCACGGCGAGAACGGCGACUGGUAUGGCACGUUUGAGGGCCACAAGGGUGCUGUGUGGGCGUGUGUGCUUGACACACCAGCGCUCAAGUGCGCAACGGGUUCGGGCGACUUCAGCGCGCGGCUAUGGGACGCCUGCGGCGGCAACCAACUGCAUGAGUUUCAGCAUAACCACAUUGUGCGCACCGUGAACUUCUCAUUUCAAAACUCGAAUAAGCUCGCCACGGGAGGCAUGGAGAAGCUUGUGCGGAUCUUCGACCUCGAAAAGCCCGCCGCGGAGCCGCUGAAGCUGCCGCCGGCGCACUCAGGCAUCCGGUCAGUCAACUUCAUCCAGAAUGACAACACCAUCAUCUGCAGCUACGUCGACAAGCCCGGCCUUGGCGUGUACGACGUGCGUUCGCUGCAGCACGUGCAGACGAUUGACACAAGCGCGCCUGUGACCUCCAUUGAGAUUUCGUUUGACCAGCAGCACAUCACAACCGCCGAGGGCAGUCACGUGCGCGUCUUCGAGGUGGGCAGCCUGAACCAGGUCAAGAGCCACCGCAUGCCGGCGCCCGCGGAGAGCGCCAGCCUGUGCUGGGCCAAGCGCAAGUUCGUGGCGGGCGGGGAGGACAUGUGGGUGCACCUGUACGACCUGGACACGUGCCAGGAGCUGGAGGUCAACAAGGGCCACCAUGGCCCCGUGCACGCGAUCCGCUGGGCACCCACCUACGACGCCUACGCCAGCGGCAGCGAGGACGGCACGAUACGCAUAUGGUUCCCCGACCUGCCGGAGGCUGCCGCCGCCGCCGCGCCGUAAGCAUAGGCGUGAGCUAGGGCUAGGAGGGGGAGUAUGUAGACGGCGAACCUGCUAUAGCAUGGUUUUGAAGCUAUUGGGGCGUCGCUCUGGGAGGCUGGCUGGAGCUUGGCAUUCAUUCUGACACAAGCAGGGUGUAGUGGCGACCGCAGCGGCAUGCCCGAGGUGUGGAUGCCAACGUGGGCGUGGAUAUGGCGGCGGGCGUGGCAGGUGCGUGGGUGUGCAAGCGUGGUAUGUGCAUUCGCACGUGGCAUGGAUGAAGGACGGGUUGCCGGGGUGUGGGCUCGGCAACAGCGAUGACAGGCUUGCGCUUGCUCAGGCGGGAUGGUAUUUUGUACAGUCAGCGUGCGGAGCGGGGAUGGGGGCAGGUGAUGUGAUGGGGGGCCGAGGAGGAGGUGAGUUCGGUAGGCGGUCCUGACGGCGAGGCACGGGGAGGCGUCGAGGGCGGCGGCCUUAUGAGACCUGGUUAGCGAUCGACGAGUAGCGCGCGGAGGGCGAGUUCUGCAUGCUAUGCUUUGUAGGCGUGUACAUACGGUAUGCACCGCAUGUUUGCAGGCUACGCGUGCAGAUGCGGCGUCUAGGAAGAGCAAAGGGCCUUCAUGGAAAAGCCCUGGGUAGAGUUGUGGAGGCGGCGAGCGGGGAAGGAGCGCAGGCAUUGAGGCGCCGGGAGCUGCAGCGCGCUUCAAGGGUUGUGAAGCCCGUGCGUGUGGCAGGUGCGGUGACUGGUUCCGUGUGCUGCGUCGUACCAUGCUGCAGUGCCGGCGGUGGUGACGAGGGCAACGCGGAUAACUUGCAGAGGCAGGCGCCACAACGGUGGCGUGCUGUUGAGGGCAUGAUUGCUGGUAGGAGGAGGCUGCGCUGAGGCCAGCUAGGGCCAAUAUACGGUACUAGUUGACUGGCUGCGGGUGCGCGCGGCUUCAAGACAGUGUUGGAGUGCAGGGCGACGCAGAGACGUGAAGGGAAGCGGCUUGAGUGUGGCGCUGCUGCACGUGUCAUUAAGGCACGGCCGCGCGGCUAGCUGUAAAGGGUAACGGUAGUUAUGGCUGUGUGGUAGUCGCGCUGACGAUUGCUCUGUCCGGGACAGCCGCCGACUGCUGGGGGCCCUGCAUGCUGUAGACUU